AUGCCCUCUAGUAACCCUUUACCACCCAAAGAAAAUGCCUUAUUUAAAAGAAUUUUGAGGUGUUACGAGCAAAAACAAUACAAAAAUGGGUUGAAAUUUGCCAAGCAAAUCCUUUCAAAUCCAAAAUACACAGAACAUGGAGAAACCCUGGCGAUGAAGGGAUUAACCCUAAACUGUUUAGGAAGAAAGGAAGAAGCCUAUGAAUAUGUUAGAAGAGGUUUAAGAAAUGAUUUAAAAUCUCAUGUGUGUUGGCAUGUAUAUGGACUCCUUCAGAGGUCAGACAAAAAAUAUGACGAAGCUAUCAAAUGCUAUAGAAACGCUCUUAAAUGGGAAAAGGAUAACAUUCAAAUCCUUAGAGAUUUGUCUUUGUUGCAAAUACAGAUGCGUGAUUUGGAAGGGUACAGGGAUACAAGAUAUCAAUUACUUAUGCUUAGACCCACACAAAGAGCUUCCUGGAUUGGUUACGCUAUGUCUUUCCAUUUAUUAGAAGAAUAUAAAAAUGCAUUGAAUAUAUUAGAAACGUUUUUGGAACAACAGAAAGGAAACAAUUUUGAUUAUGAACAUAGUGAACUUCUUCUUUACCAGAACCUCAUUAUUCAAGAAUCCGGUGAUCUUAAAGAGGCUUUGAAACAUCUUGAUUCCACUCAAGAUCAAAUAGUUGACAAGUUAACUUUGAAAGAAAAUUUAGGUGAUUUAUUUCUUAAACUUAAACAAUUCGAGAAAGCUGCUGAGUGUUAUGAAGAACUGAUACAAAGAAAUCCUGAAAAUACAAUUUAUUAUAAUAAGUUACUUCAGGCAAAAAGGUUGGAAAAUGGUCAAGAAAUUGUAAAUUUUUAUGUGAAUUACUCUGAAAAGUACCCCAGAGCGAUGCCUCCACGAAGACUGCCUUUAAAUUAUGCCACUGGUGGUGAAUUUAGAAAUUUAGUUGACAAGUAUAUGAGAAAAGCCUUGUCCAAAGGUGUACCUCCUUUAUUUGUAGACUUACGAAGUUUAUACUCUGACAAAACAAAAAUAGAAAUAAUUGAAUCACUCCUCCUUCAUUACGUUGAAGUAUUGAAGAAAACAGGAAAGUAUCAUGAAUUAGAGGUAAAUAACGGACCAAAGGAGCCUGCUAGUGCUCUUUUAUGGGUAUAUUAUUAUUUGGCCCAACAUUAUGACUACCUAAAACAGACUGAAAAGGCAUUAAGUUAUAUUGAUGCUGCUAUUGAACAUACGCCAACACUAAUAGAGCUUUUCGUUGUCAAAGGCAGAAUAUAUAAGCAUGCUGGGGAUCCCCAAGAAGCCUACAAAUGGCUGGAUGAGGCGCAGGCGCUUGAUACAGCUGACCGUUAUAUCAAUUCUAAAUGUGCUAAGUACAUGUUACGUGCCGAUUAUAUCAAAGAAGCCGAGGAUACUUGCGGAAAGUUCACGAGGGAAGGCGUUUCAGCCAUGGAAAAUCUUAAUGAGAUGCAAUGCAUGUGGUUCCAAACUGAAUGUGCGCUGGCGUACCAAAGGUUGGGCAAAUACGGAGAUUCGUUGAAAAAAUGUCAUGAAAUUGAUAGGCACUUUUCUGAGAUAAUUGAAGAUCAGUUCGACUUCCACACAUAUUGCAUGAGAAAAAUGACUCUCCGUUCAUAUGUUGGCCUUCUGCGAUUAGAGGAUGUACUUAGGGGUCAUCCAUUUUAUUUCAAAGCAGCAAAAUGUGCAAUCGAGGUCUACCUGCAUCUAUUCGAUGAACCAUUGAAAGAUGAAAGUGCUGAACAGGAGUUAAAUACAGAGAAUCUAGCGCCUUCGGAAUUGAAAAAAUUGAGAAACAAACAAAGGAAAGCGAGAAGAAAGGCGGAACAAGAGAGUGCGCAACAAAGAGAGGCACAGGUGAAAAAAGAUCAACAUCACAAAUCGAGGCAACAAGGUGAUGUUGAAGCUGACACGCCUCAACUUGACGAAUUGAUUCCUGAUAAACUUGCUAGGGCUGAUGACCCUUUAGAACAAGCUAUAAAAUUUCUUCAACCUUUGCAAACGUUAGCCAAAGACAGAAUAGAAACCCAUUUGAUGGCGUUCGAAUUGUAUUAUAGAAAAAAAAGAGGUCUUUUAAUGUUACAAUCAUUGAAGAGGGCUUAUCAAGUUGACCCUAAGAAUCCAAAGCUGCACAGUUGUCUUAUCCGUUUUUAUCAAUUCAUACAAGAAAAUAAAGGCUCGUGGGACCCCAGUGUAGAACAGGUGAUAACGCAGGAGACCAAAGUUUAUUUCGACAGCAAAGAUGCUUCUAGGUUAAAUAAGGAAUUUUUGGAAAAUAACUCGAAUAGUCUUGGCGCCGUGUAUGAGGGAGCAAAAGUCAUGUACCAAUUGGACAAUAAGAGGCAGAGCGAUGCCAUCAGUUUGGCUACUAAUCUGGACAAUAAAUAUGAUGUAAAUAUUGAAAUUUGUACAGAAAUCCUCAAUUCCCUUAGAACUGGUGAAUUCGGUAGUUGCGACGCUCAAUUAGAAGAUUUCACGGAGAAGUGCAAGGUCACAUUUCCGUAUACAGCAGCGUUCAAACCCCCUUCGCCGAAGGUAGAACCACUGAAUAGUAGCGAAGCCAAUCAUGUGCAAGAGCAAGAUAGCAACUGA